GUUCCAUUUUUCUAAUGACUUGGUGACACUUAAAAAUUCACUGUAGUGAGAACACUGCACGUAUUGUUGUGAAACUUUGAAUGCAAGUUUACUAAAGAGUGAGGUUAAGAUUCAGUACUCUCGUUCGAUCCGCGCGGCCGACUAUGUUUCUAUAUGCAAAACUUAACAGACAUCCCUCGUAGCUACCGCGCGCCUAAUAUGCAAGUUUUGACAUGUUCCAACGCAAGUCGACACGGGUUGCCCUGGUUUUAUGUACAUAAAACUUUAUUUACAAUUGUUUUGACAUUGAUCAAGCAAAAUUAGAGGGUAUGCGUAGGCAAAAAAUAACUUUCUUUUUUUUUGGGACACCCCAUGUAUGUAUAGUGAUGAAAUUGAAGUUAAUGCAAAACUGGAAGGUAGAAUAUUUAGCGAGAAGACUAAUUAAUAGCUUCGGUUAAAUUUGCGAUUUGGAGCCCCUAGACCCCCCUUUAUACACAUCCAUGAUAUCUAGAACAUUGUAUACGUAUAUGCAUUGUAAGGUAGAUAAGGAUUGCAUAUCUUCCAAAAGGAGACCAAUUGUUUUAUAAUAGAUGAAUAACAUACAUACAUAAAUUGCUCAGAUAAGUGAGAAAAAUUGGAACAACAAGAAAAUGUGGGAAAAUCACGAAGAUCUGUUUCGUAUCCAAGUAACAGAGCCCAAUGUUUCUGUCAAAGAUGUUAUUAAGAAAAUCGUACGAAGUGGAAACGUUGAAGAUGCAUUUUACGUUUGUGAUGUGAGCGAUAUUGUAAAGAAAUAUAAGGACUGGAAAAGAGCAAUGCCAAGGAUUGAAACGUAUUACGCUGUAAAAUGCAAUGCUCACAGGCUCGUCCUGGAAACCCUGGUGGCUAUGGGAUCAGGUUUCGACUGCGCCUCCAAAGAAGAGAUCAAGAAAAUUCUUUCUCUGGGUGUUCCACCAAACAAAAUCAUUUACGCACAUCCUACGAAGAAGUUGAGUCAUUUGAAGUAUGCCGCAGAAGUUGGAAUCGAGAUGAUGACAUUUGACAAUGAGAUGGAGUUGCACAAGGUCAAACACAUGUUUCCAACAGCUAAGUUAGUUCUACGGAUAAAGUAUGACGACCCGAGGUCAAACUUUCCAUUAGGAGGAAAAUUUGGAGCUAAUCCAGACACGGCAGCGAAAGAUCUUUUGGAAAAGGCGAAAUCACUCGGUUUGGAAGUGAUUGGAGUAUCCUUUCACAUUGGAUCGGGAAAUACGCACCUUGAUGUAUACCAAAAGGCUAUUAUAGCCUCAAGAAAAGUUUUUGAUAUGGGCGCUGAACUUGGCUAUCAGUUCAAGUUGUUGGAUAUCGGUGGAGGGUUUUCUGGUAAUACGGGAUCUUCGAUUAACGAGGUUGGGAUAGCUGUCAAUAAAUUCAUAGAUCAAUACUUCCCGGAUCCGUCUAUAAAGAUAAUAGCAGAGCCAGGCCAGUAUUUUGUGAUAUCGGCGUUCACUCUAGUGACGCAAAUCCAUUCGAAAAGAUGUCUGCCUAGUCAAAAUGGUAGCGAACUGAUCAGAAUGUACUAUGUGGACAUCAGUGUAUUCAACUCUAUUAUCAUAGGUCUCUACGACCUGUACGUUAAGAUAGCUCCCGUCGAAGAAGCUAAAGGAGCACCAGUUUAUCCAAGUACAGUUUGGGGCGCCACCUGUGAUGGUUCCGAUCGGGUCUCCCCCGAGACGGUACUUCUUCCCGAGCUAGCGAUUGGAGAUUGGGUGGCUUUCGAAGAAAUCGGAGCCUACUCUCUAUCGAUAGCAUCAGAUUUCAAUGGAUUCGAACUACCACAUGUACAUGGGAUUGUUAACAGAAGAGAUUGGAAAUUUCUCACAGAGGCAGCAAAACGGCCAAUGUCCAAACAAAAGUUUGCUACAGGAGAUUAUCCAGAAAAUUAUCUCACCGGUCUGAUGAAGCCAAGCAAAUUUGAUACAAACUAUUUUUGAAAAUAAAUAAUUGAUUCUAUAUAA